AUGGGAAAUACUACAAGUAGCGCAAUAUCAAAGGAGAUCCUGGAGGACCUGAAGCUCAGCACCAAAUUCACUGAGACUGAGCUCUGCCAGUGGUAUGAGAACUUUCAGAAGCAGUGUCCAACAGGACGCAUAUCACCUGAAGAGUUUGAGGAGAUCUAUGCCCGAUUCUUCCCUGAGAGUGAUGCCAAGAGUUACGCACGACAUGUGUUUCGCUCCUUCGACACCAACGAUGAUGGCACUUUGGACUUCAAGGAGUACAUCAUUGCACUGCACAUGACCUCCACUGGGAAGACGACCAGAAAACUGGAGUGGGCUUUCUCUCUGUUUGAUGUUGACAAGAAUGGAUAUAUCAACAAGACAGAAGUGACAGAGAUCUGCCAGGCCAUAUUUAAGCUGAUCCCAAAGGAGGAGCAGAUCAAGCUACCAGAGGAUGAGAACACACCCGAGAAGAGAGCCAACAAGCUGUGGUCAUACUUCGAAAAGAAAGACAGCGAGCGACUGGCUGAAGGAGAGUUCGUUAAAGGAGUGAUUGAGAAUGAAAAUGCUAUGCAUCUUAUCCUCUAUGAACCACUUAAACAGUAA